UCUCGGAUUGGGCCACGCCUUUACGUCCCGCCUCUCUGCCACGUCAUACAGAAGGACCCCCCCACGCCAGGCGGAAGCAGUUGCACUCACGCCGUUCGUCUUAACGAUGUAGCCCAACCUCAUUCAAAACUGAGGUUAAGUGCCCGCUUCGGCAUUUCGCGUUACCUCAGUCUGGGAAUUCGGUCGGACCGUCUCUUCCUGCGUGGUUCGUUAAUGCAGAGGUUGUGGAAUGCUGCUGGACGAGACUCCACUCUUUGAGCCCUCUCUGCUACAGGAGCUAGACUGGAGUAGCAACACCGUCUCCUUCUCCCCCCCCAUCUCCCCGUCCAGCCCAGGGGACGGCCUGGUGUUGAGGCCACUCUGUGUGGCAGACUUCAACAGAGGAUUCCUUAAGGUUUUAUCUCAACUCACCCAGACAGGCGAUGUCACACCAGAACAGUUCACGAAAAAGUUUGAGCAUAUGAAGAAGACAGGAGAGUACUAUGUCAUUGUGGUGGAGGACACACAUCUGGGACAGAUUGUUGCCACGGCCACAUUGAUCAUAGAACACAAAUUCAUCCACUCCUGUGCUAAGAGAGGCCGGGUGGAGGAGGUAGUGGUCAGUGACGUGUGCAGAGGGAAGCAGCUUGGCAAACUGUUAGUUUCAACUCUUACUCUUCUCAGCAAAAAACUGAACUGCUAUAAAAUCACGCUGGAAUGUGCACCCAGAAAUGUGGCUUUCUACCAAAAGUUUGGCUACGCCGCUUCAGAUGAGACCUAUAUGCAGUGUCGAUUCUUCGACUGAGGACAACAGCAAUUUUAAACCUUCCAUUUUGGGGGAAUAGACCAUAUCUUUAUACACAACUUGCAAUGAAAAACAUGUCUUUAAGAACUGGAUGAGCUGUCCAAGAAGAGUGUGUGGUUGUGACACUGAUGAGUUGUUUCUGAACACUCAUCCUGAUUUCAGCACAUUUUAGUAAACAUGAAUGUAUGUUGAAGUCCUCCGCUCAAUCUAACAUCAUCCUCCGCCCAUUUGGUAACCAUGGCUACUUCACCAGGGUGGAGCGCUGACAUCUUCCCCACCACCUGCAGAGAUGAAUGUCAGUUACUGUCAGCGUAAUGUCUUAUUGUGUUCCACUGCUAAUAAGUAAUUUGCUGUGUAUGGAUAGAGAACAUACAAAUAUCUGUGAAUACAAUGCAACUGUAAGUAAAGUUGCUUGGGAAAACAAGAUGGUACUAAAUUAACUAAAAAAUUAUAAUCAUU